AUGAACUCGGAAUUCGCUCGCUGGGAUGGUAGCAAACACCAGUACGAAAGUCAAUGGGGCGCGUCUCGCCCCGAGGCACCUCCAGCGCCGUGUGCCCUACCGUAUGCCUUCGCCGAGCCUUUCCCACAACUCACGAACGGUUUCCAGCAACUGCAGGUUGGGAAGCAUUCGAGAACACGAACAACACCCGUAGUUACUCGCACACACAUAACUAGACAUGGCUCGGAGCCAAACCCCAUGCGACCGUUGUCUAGUGGAGGAGAAGCCCACAUGGCCCCUUACCAGAGCCUCUCUCCGCCUCAUCGCUCCGCAUCGUAUUCAAAACCGUCCCCUCUCGAGGACUUGCGCAAGUCAAGACGAUGGCCGCCAAAGGGAUACAGGUCGGAGGAUGCAAUGGAGCCUGAACAGGCGGAGGAGCUGAUAUGUGCUGGAGCGUCAUCGUUCAAGGGAUACUGCGAUGCGAUAGCGAACGCACCAGCGGGCUACGAUCGCUUCUAUGCCGUUAUGGAGGCUGAACAUCAGAGCCGAACAGAUCGUGCAACCUUUCAACAAGAGGCAUACCGAGACAUUUCGCUCAACAUGACGGGUGCAUCUGACAGCCAGUUUCCAUGGCUUGCUCAUGAGUAUCCUUGCAUGGCGUAUGCGUUCGGGAAGAGUGCAGGGACUACAACACUGAACUAUUGGGUCAGCAAGUGCGGAAGCAGUAACCCUCCUAUGCAAUUCGCCAGCGAGGUAAAGCCGCGGAAGAUAAAGCUCCUACAGAUCUUGGAUCGGUUGCAGAACCUAGAGAGUGGCCUAAAUGAAGAUGAUCCCGAGGAAUUGUACCGCUACCUGUACGGCACGCUCAUCGAAGAUUCGGAGCAGUUUGACGAGGAACGCCGUCACGUUCGGAUUGACCAGCAGAUCACAGAUCUCAUCACAGUGCUAAGCAACCCUAAAUGGAUAGAUUUCUCACACCCAAAGAACCAGGUUGUAGCAAAGUUCUUUGACAGCCCGGAUCAGCGCAAGAAACAGGAGUUUUUUCACCAGUUGCUGCUCUCGGUCGAACUUUACCUUCGGAUACACUCUAAGCACCAUUCAGAGAAAUCUAAGCGAAAGCUCAUUCUGCAGCUUCCCGCCAUCAUUACCUGGGACCUGGCAGUGGCCCAACGGUGGCUCGAGAAUAUGGAAAUUUCCAAAACGCGGAUAUCAAACACACAGAGCACCUUCAGCUUUGAUCUGAGGAGCAAAAGUAGACAAAUCGAAGCAUUGAGAAAAUUUGCGGCGACACUAAAGUGGCCAAACAUGGAUGAAGUCGAGUAUGUCCUGGACGAACAGGACUUGGACGAGAGAGCGCUUGAGGACCGGUCCGCAGAUGCCAUGUCCUGGUUUUCAGGCAUCAUCCUGCCUGGUCGGACAUUGCCUUGGCUCAUCAUGAACAGCUUGAUAGACUGUGAUAGGGAUACUGGCGACGCUCUCAAGUAUCUGACCCAUAUGCACCCGGCGUCCGGCUUUCAGUAUCGAGCAAAUACGUACUGGUCAUCGCAAUCUAUCGUUGGCAAGGUACUAGGCGCCGCACGAGGGGUCAAACAGAUUGCAGGUUGGAUUGGACCAUGCAUAUACACCCCCGAUCUCAAACGCACCGAGUGUGUGAAAGUUAGACAGCAAGAGUCACCGGAUCCCAUGUUGUUUUCGGUUGACGUAGAAUCCAUGGAUCAACGCACCAGCCCCUUGGGCGCGCCGGACGACAGCUACCCCGUAGACGACUACAUAGUUCCUAUGCCGGACACGGAAGACGUAACAGAUCUAAUACGAAUGGAGAAGCUUCGCUUUAUGCCUGUCAAAGAGCGGCCUGAAGGGACGAGGCACGCUGUCGGUCCUCCAAUGGUCUUUGACGCCGCCAUCUCAUUCGCAUGUGGCGGGGAAAGCUGGCCAAUGAAGUUACGAUAUAACGUCGACUUCAUCAACGCCUUUCCCUGCCAUCAAGGCCCUCACGUGCUAUUCUACGAUUUCAGCUUCAAAGCCAUAAAGAUUGACGAAGGCCUCGUCGACAUUCAAGACUGGGGCAAUCAGUCCGGUCGCAUACCCCGCCCCACAUCCUCUAAAUCAUCACCUGGCAAGAAAGCCUUGGCGCUCAUGAACGAAAAGCAGAAGAGUGCUCACGAACAAGUUACCAAUGUGCUCGUUAUAGAGGCUCUAGGCGUGAGCGAUAACGAAGUCUUUGCAAGAGCGUGGUGUGCGCAUCAUGGGCAUAGUGCUAUCGUGGCAAACAUCAAGGAGACAUGUAUGUCUUGCGCUAUUCGUGAGGCAUAUGCGGCAUGUGUGGCUGUCGUCAUACUUACGGAAGGGGGCGUGGUGAAGGAGAAUGACACUGAGAUUUACGGUACACACCCAUUACCAAUUACCCGCUUACUUUCCGUCUACGCCAUGGGCCGGUCAAUGAUACCUCCGGCGCUCAACGAGCUCUCGAACCCUAGUACACCCGAGGCACAGGUCACAGCACUCCAGAACCUCAAAAACGAGAUAGUCGGGCAUGAGCAGAGGAAAGAACUAGCAGUGACACAUGGCGUUGUGAAACCACUGGCGGGUCUGCUACGGGCAGAAGCUAGGAAAGGUGGGAAGAGGAGGAGGAAUGUCACGAAUGGACACAGCUCCGGGCUCUUCAACGAUUCGAGGAAGGACAUGGAAGAAUGGACUACCGAGGAUGAGUUGAGAUUUCAGGCCACGCUCGUCGUCGGCAGCCUUGCGAAUGGCGGUCCAGCAUUUGUCGCCCCGCUUCUAGCAGGUCAUGUCCUCCCUCCACUGCUUGAAGCGCUGAGGCCUAGCGAGACGCCCUCGAAACUCGUUACCACGACCCUCAAGACCCUCAAUCAGAUCAUUGACGCCGUCAACCAGGAGAAACCUUGGCUCGACACGUCCGACUCAUCCUCUCGAUCAUCUCUCGCUUUCGCCGUUAACGAGUCGAUAUACACCAGGUUUGUCAUUGACAGCCUCGCCGAGAUAUUAGCGCAACCAGCUGGAACGAUGAAGGCCAAUCAGCAGAUUGAGGCGACGAUCCGGCUCAUCAUGAAGACGUGCAUAGAAGACAACCAGAAGAAGAUGCUAGUGGAUUCAGGAAUACUGGAUCUUUUGGCUGACAAGCUUGCUACUGUCGCUGCCAUGGACGAUCGGAUCCCCGCAACAGAGUGGAAGCAGUCGAAUCGCGAGCGGCUUCCCCGUGCCUGUCUGCCAGAUAUUCUGGAGGCAAUCUCGGCUGUCAUCAAGGACUCACACUUUUACACUGCUCGGUUUCUCUACUCACACUCAAUACAACAACUCUUCGGAUGGCCGAAGGAACGCACCUCAGCGUUAGACGCAAGUAACACAUCACAGGCGGCGUCCUGGGACAAAUUAAUUCCGCGGGUCCAGACAAUGGCGAGCAAAUCAGAUCCGUACAUCAAACAAUGGCCGGCUCUUGGUGCCUACGCCUCUGCCGCUGGGGAUAGUUAUUCUCGUCUGCCAAGUAUGGAGUCGUUACAGCAGACUUCAAGUAGAAGUGUCAUCACUGACGAAUCUGAGUCGCCGUUGUUCAUAUGGCUCAUGUACGUGGCCCGUCGAGGCGAAGGACGAGAGCGUCUUUCUGCUUGUUGGUUACUAGCGUUGUUGAAGAAAUUUGGCGAGCGAUGGCCUCUGAACGACCCUUCGAAGACCACAAGGGAAAGGCACUUCUCAUAUCUGAUUAUCCCGUUGGUGGAAAAGAUGAUUGAAGACUCAAGUCCGACAUCGGAGCAGACCAAGAAGGCGAGUACACUUAGUCCUGCGGCAAAAGACGAGUUGCGCUUUGUGUUGGAACGCUCACCAGUUGUGCUUGCUGAGCUUGUUGCUGGGAACAAGUCUCUUCAGACAGCGGCUGUCCAUACCCGGACCCUACCGACGCUCAUUCAGAUCCUCAAGAAGUCGUUCGAUGUGCCUGCUACGUCUUCGAAGCCCUUAUGGCAACCACGGUCAUCAUCUAACGAAGUUAGAGAUCCAAGUAUUGACCCUGCGUCAUCGACACUAGGUAGAUCCGGACUAAGUGCGGAUUUGUUGCAUGCUUUCAGAUAUCGAGAGAGCGUUCUCCUGGCCUUGGCGGCAAUAGCAGGAGAUCAAGAUUCUUUAAGGAAGAUGGUCAUUGAGAUGGGCGCUGCAACGCACAUUAUCGAAGCUCUGGUCCCGUACCGAGGAACCAAUGAGCAAGGGGCAUCCUCUUCAGCAAAGGAUGGCAACCCUGAUGCGGUACUAAUUGCUGCUUGCAAAGUUACACGAUCGCUUUCAAGGUCUGUCAGUGUACUCAGAACCAGCUUGAUCGAUCACGGUGUUGCACAGCCAAUUUUCGAGCUCUUGACGCAUCCAAACGUCAAAGUGCAGAUUGCUGCUACCGAGGUCAUAACAAAUUUGGUACUGGAUGUGUCUCCCAUGCGAACCGAGAUUCUUGAAUCUGGAGUAUUAGGAACUCUGUGCGAGCAAUGUCGAUCAGCAAACUUUGACCUUCGUUUCGGCAGCCUUUGGGCGCUUAAGCACUUGUGUCUGGGUCUGCCACAUGCUAUGAAGAUACAGUGUCUCGAAGAGCUCGGUGUAGGCUGGCUCGUGCAGGUACUCAACGGGGAGCCAUCCAAGCCUGCUAUGGGAACACCCAAUGCAGCUGGGGAACAAGUCGAUAUUCUCAACGCUGUCGACGAGCCUCACAUGGAUGUGGAUGACGAGCCAUCAUCGGAAAAUGAUGAUGACGAUGCCAUGACUGAGAGCAUACCGUCUAUGCGACGACAUCAACGUCCUGGAUCUCGAUACACGAGUGCAACGAACAUCCGAGAUCGAUUACAGCAAAUCAAGAACGAUGAACAGGAUCAUCGGCUGAACAGUGAGCGCGAUGACAUACGCAUACAAGAGCAAGCGCUCGACUUCAUCCGGAACUUCGUCUCCGAAGACAAAGCCUCUGGUGAAAUGAUUGAUCACCUCCUCAAGACGUUUGGCCACAGCCGGUUCUUUGAAAUUCUCGAUGCUAAGAUCCGGCCGAAACACUCUUCCUUGUCCACAUCAUUGUCCCAAAGUCAAACCAGUCCUAGUGCCCCCAGUUACUGGCCAAGCAACAGCCACCGUACACCCUUUUCCUCUUCCACGAACAACCCAGGGCAAUCGAACUGGGCUACAUAUCCUGCAACCGAACUCAUUCUUGCUGCCGUAUAUAUACUCGUGCACCUCGCCAAUGGCCGACCUCAACACCGCUCCCUCCUUAUUUCACAGACCACACUCAUGCAACAUGUUCUUCCUCUUUUCACGCAUCCUCGUCGCGAUGUUCGCGUAGCUUGCUCGUGGAUGUUGCAUAAUCUUGUUUGGGUAGAAGACCACACCGACGAAGCUGCGACGCGCGAACGGGCUAUCAGUCUCCGUCAACUAGGUUUCGAGGAAGGUGCCAAGCAGCUGGGACGUGACGUCGACACUGAUGUCAAACAACGUGCUAUUGUAAGUAUUGAGCAAUUUGACAAGCUGCUCAACGGUGGCAGUGGUCAUGGACGAGGUGGUGGCUUCGGCAGCCCUAGCGGAUUCGGUGGUGGAGAGGGCGGGGUUGGUGGACUUGCAGGUAUGGGUGGGCGCUUGUCAGCGAUGCAUGGCUGGAGACACGAUUCUAGGGGUUGA